AUGGCCUUGUCGAUUAUGGAGAAGAAGCCCCUGUUCCCCAAGCCCCUCCUGCUCAAGCCCCUCCUGCUCAAGCUGCUCCUGCUCAAGCCCCUCCUGCUCAAGCCCCUCCUGCUCAAGCCCCUCCUGCUCAAGCCCCUCCUGCUCAAGCUGCUCCUGCUCAAGCCCCUCCUGCUCAAGCCCCUCCUGCUCAAGCCCCUCCUGCUCAAGCCCCUCCUGCUCAAGCCCCUCCUGCUCAAGCCCCUCCUGCUCAAGCCCCUCCUGCUCAAGCUGCUCCUGCUCAAGCCCCUCCUGCUCAAGCCCUUCCUGCUCAAGCCCCUCCUGCUCCACAAGGUUCUCCAUGGGGACAUACCCAUACCUGAGGGAUGGAUAUCGUCCACCAACAAGAACAAGCCUAGCAUAUGGAUAAACAAACAACAGUAUCGGUUUAAGAAGGGAUUGGAAGAUUCCAAGAGUCGAUAUGAGUGCUGUUCCAAAAAGUGUUAUGCUUCCUUCACGGUGCAAGAACGCAACGGCCGGCUGUAUUUCACAAGGAGGCCAAGUGAGCAUGGAGCGGAGUGCGACAGAGAACCCGAUGAGAGAAGGGAGACGCAGACUCGUCAGAGGCGACGAAUCCAGGCAGAAGUGGCCAACAAUGGAAGAACUGAUGGGCUAGUCGAAGGUAUCAUUGCUGACGGCGGUUUGGCCAACACGACGUUGCGGGACCAGCGGAACCUCGAGCAGGUAGCCUAUCGCGCUGCCAGGGCGCAAGGACAACCGGCUGUGCUGAGGAGCCUCGAUCUGGAUAGAGCUGGCUAUUAUCAGGAUUUCGUUAGUUUGGUGCAGCGAGACGUUGACAAGUGUAGGGGAAAUGAUCAACGACUUCUCUUACAUGCCGAUGCCGGUCGGCCAAUGAUCAUAUGGGCUGCAGACCGCAAUCUCAACGCAUUAAAUGGUAGCAGUGGUCUUAUUUUUGAUGCUACAUUUGCCGUGGCGCCCAAAGGAUGGCAGCAAUUGUGGGUCAUUCUUAUCGAGAAACAGGGGUACUACAUUCCGGCGGUUUUCAUUCUAAUGGCGCGGAAGACCCAGGAAGAGUAUGAGAGGGCCCUGCUGAAGCUCCGAGAUGUGCUCACUGGUAAAGGGUUAUUCCAGAUCAUAUCUACUUUGUACAUAAUUACUGAUUAUGAACUCGGCAUGCGUCAGGCCAUUCUGAGGGUAUGGGAAAUAGAUCCGGAAAGGUUGAGAGGCUGUUUGUUCCAUUUGUCCAAAUCGUGGAUACGUGCAUACCAGAGUGAAGGUUUGGCUUCUGAGUACUGGGCCUCUGAGAAUGUCCGUACACCUACUGGGAGGUGGCUCCGAAGUGUGAUUGGAUUACCGUGCCUAUCAGUUGAAGAAUGCAAGCUGGCCUGGGCAGAUAUGAAGGAGCGCAAACCACAGGGCGAGAAGAUAGCGAAGCUUGUUUUGUAUCUGGACUCCCACUACAUGACCGACACCUCAACAUUUCCG